CAGGCGUCAAUAAAUCAAAGUGGUAAACAAGCGUGUUAUUUUUGCACCAUAGACUAGAUAUACUUUUCGGGUUUUAUCCCCUGAGAUGGAAUUACUAAUAUUUUUGAAGGUCAUAAUCCUUCUCUCGUGUUUACAUAAAUGCACGGGAAAUGUUGGGCAUGAUAUUUGGGAACACCUUUUCACGAACUCAUCUUAUAAUAAGUACAUUCGCCCAGUAAAAAACUGGAGAACACCAACUGAAGUUGGCAUUGGCGUUUCAUUAAUUGCCAUAAUCGAGUUCGACGAAGUUCAACAAACUUUACAACUUACUUCGAAAGUGAGCAUUAUUUGGAAAGAUGAAUUCUUGGUUUGGGAUCCCGAUGUCUUUCAGAAUGUUUCUCAUAUACAUGUUCCUCAGGAUUUUUUAUGGAAGCCGUAUAUAUUUCUUGAAAACUCCGUAACUAAGCAGGCCGAGCUUGGAACACAGUCCCUUGAAGUACUCUUGGACAACACUGGCACAGUCACGUGGUCUCCGACAGAGGUGUUCCAAACGACAUGCGCGGCAGAUGUGAGGAAGUUCCCGUUUGAUACACAAAAAUGUUCGAUGGUGUUUGCGACUCACGGUUACACAGAAAUGGAAAUGAAAAUGAAGACUUUAAAGGACCAUAUCGAUUUCCAUGGAAACGGUGGAACUGCAGGCUGGACAAUAACAGAGACAUUGGUAGAAACAGAGAUUGCGGAUGGCGGAAACAUUCACACCACAUGCUUUAUGACACUCCAACGUAAUCCACGCUAUAUUGUCCUUAACAUUUUUCUUCCUAUAGUGUUUUUGUCAUUCAUGAACAUAUGCGUUUUUAUUUUGCCAGUACCGUCGGGCGAAAAGAGAGGCUUCGUCAUUACGGUCUUUUUAGCUUUGGCCGUGUUUCUGACAAUUGUGAGUGGAAACCUGCCCGAAAAUUCAGUCAACGUUUCGCUUCUUAAUAUCUAUGUCUUCAAGAGCACCCUGCUAAGUGUCAUUAUCGGUAUUGUCACCAUUGUUCAGAUCAGGAUCUACCAUCGGGAUUCAAACCUGCCUGUUCCUCCAUGGCUGCGUUUUAUUGCCAAAAAAUGUACGUCAAACCCAAGGUCGAAUGAUGUAGAGUUUGAAACUAGUGUUGAACAGGGAGAAAGGAGUGGGUCCUCAACAAAUGGAAGGCGUGCUUGGUGCGAGAAUUUGAAAGAGGGUGACGUCACUUGGCCACGGACGGCUUGUAGACGCAUUAGACAACAUUUUCUUUGUUGUUUUCUUGCUUAUUAACAUCAUCAUGACCGUGACGAUAUUUGUUAUGGCUCUGAUGGAAGAGGAAGUCGUUACAGAAGAUCAUUAAUAUUAAGAUUUACAUUUUAAUGAAUAAAGGCUUUAUAACAACGAUUAUUGUGUAUUGUAUUUGAAAGUUGAUUGUGUACACGUAUACAUGUAUAUUAUUAGACAUUAUUUCUUAUUUACAUUUGCUACAUAUGUUUUUUGUUCACAGAAAAAAAUCAUGUAUUUUAUCGCUGGGUAUCAGUUUGGUCAUCCAACAGUUUUAGUGAACUUUUUGCGAUUUGUGUGCUAACUCUUGUGUCAUGUGCUCGUAUAUGCUAGUGUUUUGUUUACACGAGGACAUGCCGAUACGCCUUUUCAGUUUAUUUACAUGUUCAAGGAUUCAAUGUUGUUAGAAGUAAUUGAACGCCGCUACUAUAAAUAACGGAGGGGUAAUUUUUGCUAUUUCGUGUUUAACAAUUUCCACCAGACGCUCAACAUAACACACAUGCUAACAUAUAAUCAUAUAUAAAUGCAAAUUCAUUAAAUCGUCAUCUUUUCUUUAAACAUAUAAAAAAAAAGAAACAUCAUAAUAAUUUUUAUGAGCACGAAGAAUGGUUCCUAUGUUCUUAGAUAAUAAGGCUA